AAUAUCAGCCGCAAUAAGCAGUCGGUCAGGCUGUAGUGAUUUGCUAAGUUGACUGUGAGCGUUACAUUCAAUUUAACUCGUCACUCAUUUAACCGCAGCCGACUUUGGCGGAGCCGCAACGUCCACGCUGACCUACUUUCACAGUUCGUCAGCCCUUAGCAAUGCCGGUUGGUGGUGGGUUUCCUUGUACCUGGGGAGCAGCUUUGGCUCCCUUUGGCUAGGGGACAUGCGCUUGUCGAGCUCGCAAAGAGUAAAUUUCCCGAAUCGCAUCUCGCUCGUUGAGAGAAUUCCCCGCCUCGUCCGAGUUUUUGCUGAGGCUGAAUCAGUUCUUCGCCGAUAUCCAACCGACGCGGUCAUAAAGAGCUCGAGUCACAGAGACUAGCUUUAGCUGGCGAAUGCCUACCACCUCGGAGGCGCUCUAUCCAGCCGAAUCAGACGCGAACGGUCGCUUAGCACGUGCUUUUAUACGCCGAGCUCAAGGUGUUUCUUAAAGUGACUUCGUGUUCCCCUUUUCGUGAAAAUGUAAAACAUUUAAGUAAGCUUCCCGUCGUUUUAAAAUGAAAAAACUGUGCAGCGAUUAGCCCGGCAGACAUUUAUUUAGAACCCCACACUCAACACACAAGACCAUGAGCUUUCGAAAAGUUCGCAGCUUACUCCCUGGUGGUUGGCUCCUGUGUCCAUACCUCGGCGAUGUACUUUGAGCCGCUUAUUAUCAAUGUUGCCGUCAGCAAAACGAAGCAGUCGCCGAAAUGGCAUUAUCUAGAGCCGGUCUUGCAUAAAGCACUGCACCGGCCUUCCACGACCGAUUUCCAGUGGAAUACCACCCAGUCCCUCCUGCUGAUUUCGGUCGCCGUCGGUGGAAAAACUUCUACCUACGUCUUAGUUGGACGAACAUCCCUAGAACCUUUAGCGACAGGAUAGAAGUUGGCAUGAAUCGAUUCAUUAAUCAAAACUUGAGCGGUUGGUAGUUAAGCUCAGUCGCAGCGCAGCCCAGAUAUGAUAGUUGAGUAAUACGGAACAGCCAAAAUGGUGUUCUCCUAUGACCAAAAAAAGGGUUUUAUUUCUAUGUUUUUAAGUGUGAUUCAGUGCCGACUUUAAUUGAAACGAGUGUAUGUCCCUUCCUACUGUGGCUACAAUUUAAGCUUUGCUGCUACGAACAUCCCCAGAGGAGACUUUCAUUUGCCUAAUGCAAACUAAAAGCAAGGGAGCAAGUGACGAAUGCCAUAUUAAUUUCAAGCAAAGACUUCUUAUGUUAUUUGGGAACCUCCCAGCUGGUUUCAGCGUGUUCUCUCAGUCCAAUGCUCGCUGCAAGAAAAUUUUGCUAUCGAGACCGAUUUGUGUCUGCCCUGAGUUAAGAAAAAGUUCAGAUUGUUCAAAAAAAUUCUUUGCUAAUUUAAAUAACAUAUAAAUGACUCUGACUUUUCCGUUUGCUUCCCCAAGAAAGCUGACACUUAUAGUAGUAAAGUAUAGUAGCAAUCGUUAAUAAAGGAUUAAACAAAAUAUAGGCAAGUCCUGCUUAACUUCUAGAGUCUUUGGUCAAAAGCACAGAAACUCAGGCCUCUCAAAUAUCAACUGCAACUUCAACAGUAUGUUUCCAGUAGAUGUUGACCACCGAUGGCGGAUAAGCACGUGGUUAAGCCAUUAUUAGAAUGGCUGACAUUUUACCACCUUGAAAAAAUGUUAGCUCAGAUGAAUUUGGGUUGAAAUAAACAAUUCCUGUUUCAGCACUAAAUUGUUGAAACACAGAAAAUAGUCUUGAUUAACAUACCAAUAUCGGUAACCCCAAAAGUGCUACAAAUUUCUUUUGAUCAGUAAAAAUAUAAAACAAAAAUAAAAAUGUGCGAAAAAUAUUAAAGAGGAGUGAUAUAUAAUAAACAACUAAUUGCCACGGGCACGGGCAGAUUUUCUAGACUAUAAGCGGUAAAAGUUACCGAUAUCCUUAGAAAGACUGAAAGAAGUGCUUGCUGUAAUGCGAGUGACCACCGAAUCCGACAAUUGCUUUCUGUGCUGCGCCGCCAGUGGAUUUAUUGACUAUAACUUGCUCGCCUCCGCCAGAGAAUGGAUUACUCGAAGGCCAGGAGCCUUGUGCUGUCGUUCAUGUGCAUUGCCAGCGCGGCCACGGCGGAUAGUGAAAUUAUUUUUCGCAUCGAUCCGCUGGCUUUGUUAUCUGCCACUUUGCGCACAUACCAGAAAGCGGCUUGUGACUCGGAUCAGGUGGUUAUAGCCUGCCCUCGAGGUACCAGCAUUUCUAUCGAGUUUGCCCAGUACAACAAGUUCGUUGCGAAAGAUGGCUACAGUAUCGAGGAGCUAUGUCCUGUAUCUGGGGAAGCAGGACCUGAAAUCCGGGGCAGGACGAAGCAUUUGCUCCGAGGAUCCAUCUUUGGCUCUCCCUUACUGAAAGUACCGCCAAACAAAUAUAUUAAUGACGGUCUUGCAGUUCAAGUGCAAUCUGCCGGUGAAGCUAUCAGCACCAUUGCAAGUGGCCCCGUAUCGUUCUCUGGAACUACUGGCUCUGUUGACGACGUACAAAGUACAGAUUACAACAGUGAAAACUGCAUGUGGCCGAAUGCAUUACAGUACUCCUUACUGCAAACAGUGGUAGAGGCCUGCCAGAAGAAGAAGCACUGCAAGUUCCACGGAUCCCCACAAUUCUACGGACAGGGAGCCAGCGGUGUGGGCGACUCGUCUGGAACGAGCAGCUAUCACAGCAGCACGGCCAGUUCCAAUGCAAUAAGCAGCGACCCGUGUCCCAAGCGAAGGAAAAUUGUUGAAGUCGCCUAUAAAUGCCGCCCAUAUGAGUUUCGCAGUAAGGUUGCUUGCCAUAGUGAUGUUGCCCAACUAGAGUGCAAUCCUUACUCCCGGAUAGCCGUAUAUAGUGCCAGCUUUGGAAGAACCGAGUACGAGAGCAUUCAAUGCCCCCAGCCGCAAGGGGUUCGCGAAGAAACAUGCCUGGCCUCGUUCGCCACGGAGACCGUGAUGAAAAUUUGCCAUGGGCGACGAAGAUGCAACCUGGCUGCAGACCCCAAAACUUUUGGUUCGCCUUGUCAACCCAAUUCUCGUAUGUACCUGAAGGUUGUUUAUACAUGCGUGCCAAAGCAAGUUCUUAAGGAAAACAAGGAUUCGGAAAAGGAGCCGGAUGAAUCUGAAGGCUUUGAGGGCGAUAUGAUCGACCUCUACGAAGAUGAAUUGAUUUAUAAGGAGUCCGAGGCGAUUCCUAAGUUGCACAGCAACUCAACAACGUUAGGACGCCGCAACGGCACCAGCUGGCUGGGGACGGGAUCCGAGAAUCCAACAACCAAUCAGACCAUGACGAACAACUCUCUGGUCACAUAUGUCGAUAGCAGUGUUGUGAAUCCAGUAAUGACACACAGUGCUGACUUGAGCCUGGAAGAGGACCAGGAGCGUCUCUAUUUGUAUCUGCUUGCCUUGGGCUCACUCGGAGUGCUCUUCUCCAUAGUUAUUAUCGCCACUAGGCUAGUGCUUCAAAAGCGGCGCGAUCUGAAUACUAACACGCACUCAAGCUCAACUAAAGUGAGAGCAAGAGGAGGCAUAGUUGAGGACACAAUCACUCCGAGCGGAUUUAACGACACGAUUUCCGAAAUAGACGCUGACAUUGACUUAAAAGCAUCGCAGCCUGUACCCUUCGUGUCCAAGAAUGAGAACUAUUUAACGUACGCCCCGACGAGCAGCCUAUACGCCAGCUUAUCCCCCAACCAGCUCACAUCAGUGGCUAGCCCGGUACCCGACGCCGGGAUAAUGGCAAAUCCGCUCUUGUUGGGGACUCGACAGUCACCCGACCUUCUUGGCAUUACCCCGGGAACCUUCGGGACCACAAGUAUAGCCAGUCAGGCUCAGGUGGCGGGCAUUCUGACCUCGGCUAUUGUGGUUGGAACUAAAACCUCCAGUAGCAGUGCUCUAAGCACCAUGGUACCCAUAAGUUCAUUGGCUCAUUAUACAACGGCGCCGACAAUCAGAGGCGGGUAUAUCGUUAACGCCGAAAGCAUAGGCGUGCUUCAUCGACCGAAUAACACGCCGACCCCACCAACCUCGCUGCCCGGGGGCUCGCCAGAGCAUCCUCCUCAAGCAGUUCCGUUACCUUCCCCAUUGGCAAUGACUGUGAUCCCACAAAGUCAUGUGCCUAUGACAGUUGGGGGAGCAUCGACAUUGCGACGCGUCAAGCCCCCCUUGUUGCAGUCACAGCUUUCAUACGACGGUACUGCCCCACGCACUCUUCCCACCGGCGUGGCCAUUGGCUCACAGAUUUACUACGGGUGACAAAGCACACUGGGCCGCGAUCCCCAUAUGCUCACAACUGCUUUAAGUGUGGGAAUAGGUGUGGCUCCGUCAAUUUUCAGCACCCAGAAUCCGACAGAAGCGGCAGAUCGCGUUAGCACGGUAGAGAACAUUUCUUCAUCUUAGCCAUCGACGCAAGCAGAUCCAAGCUGCUCUACGUUCCUGAACAACUAUGGGCUAACUGCUAUUGGCAGUUCGAUUGAAAAGAAGUGUGGCUAUUCUCGCUCUCAGCUUAACCCAAAAAUUGAGUAAGAGGCUUCCACCCGAUGCACUGCCUUGAAAUUGGUUAUCGAAAUAUAGAAGCUGUUCUAAAAAUGUACUAGUAACCGGCAAAUGUAAUGAAUAAAUCCUUUUUCUAGAUAAUUUUCAGAUUUGCUACAUAGUUUAUAUGGCUUUCCACCAGCGAGGCCACUACAAAAAUUUAAAUUUAUAUUUGCGGUGUUGAAAAUAUCUUGACCUGAAGGUUGUUGUAACAAACAUAAAAGUAAACUCUGUAUAUGUGGUCAGAAACAAUCUUAGAUCGCAAUUAAAUUGCUUCUUACCGCAAAGUAGGGGAGUUUUCAUAAAUGGUGAGCUUAGAAGCAACCUUUGGCCAAAACAUGUUUACGAUCUGCCCAAUCCUCAUUAUUUUAUAGCCCAAUUUCACAGACACCCAUUUUCAUUCUCCGCACAAUAGACAUCAUUAUUAGAAAAAAAAAGGAUAAGUUAUUGUUUCUGUUGUCCACAUUCAAAGUGUUAAAAAUUCGACAAGGAAUAAGUCUAUUUAAAUAAUUUAAUGUUUAUAAGAGUGUAAAUUUAGUAUAAAAAUACUAAUGCGUUAUCGAUACUUCGUAAGAAUUAAAAUUGCCGUCUUUUGACUUUUGUAGUACUUUCUUUGAAGUAAAAUAUGCAUUGUUCUUAGAAGGAUAAUUAGAAAACUUAAUGCUUGUGUUCUUGCUUAGGUAUAAAAAUGUUAGUGUUCACACAUUAUAAUUUUGAUACCCUUGCAGAGGCUAUUAUAAUUUCAGCCGAAGUUUGCAACGCAAUAAAGGAGACAUUUCCAACCCUAUAAAGUAUAUAUAUUCUUGAUCAGCAUCACUAGGCGAGUCGAUCUAGCCAUGUCCGUCUGUCCGUCCGUUUCUACGCAGUCUCUCAGUUUUAAGGCUAUCUGCAUGAAACUUUCCCAAAAGUUGUCUUUCUAUUGUAGGUAGUACAUAAACGGAACGAGCCGGAUCGGACGACUAUAGAAUAUAGCUCUCAUAGG